UGAUUUGGAAGAUUUGGAAUCGGAGAGUUGUUUUAGUUUAGAUUUUUUUUGGGAAUCUUGAUCAAUGGUUCUCUGUUUUUUGCAUGCAUUUGGCGUUAUAGGGAAUCAUGGAUAAUUAAUUGCUAUCGGCAGAGUUUAUUCACAGCUGGUCCGGCAUUGUGAACGUAUACAAUAUCAUGUUUGUGAUUGUCUUACUCGGAUCUGCUGAUGAUGUUGUUCAUCAUAUAUCAAUAACAUCAAGCACUCAUGUUUCCUGACCGUGAAUGGGGUAAUAUGUAAAAUUUCAGUUCCUGUAUUGAUUGGUUGAUGAAUGAGGCAUCACCAUCCCAAUGACAAAUGGAUGUUCUACUCACAAUUUUCGUCCUGACAAUUUUUGGACUCAAGUGAUUACCUCUUUAUCAAAUCUGUUCAAACUCAUUUGGAUGGUUAUUUUCCUUCGCGUAUCCGUUCCAUCCGAUUGAUAGUACCCUAUAGUCUGGCUUAAGGAAGUCAGAUACUUGUGUUCACAUUAGAAAAAAAUUGGAACCUGUUGCCAUCCCUGGUGAAGAUUUGUUCUUGUGAAAAAAUUGUUCAUCCAUUCAUUUGAAAUGGAUUUGUUUGAGUUAAUUUCUUUUCUUUUCCAGUCAUUCAUAAUCAUCCAUCAUCAUCCUUUUGUGCACUUAAUUCUGUAUAAGGUAUCACUGGUGGAGUUUGAUGGUAGUAAAUCUGCAUUGUCAUGUUUCUUUUGCUCGGGUAACCUGUUGGUAACUUCAGUAUUGCCAGUCUUCUGAUACGUUCAGUGGAUUAUGGUUCAUGUUUGUUGGUGGUUGAGGUGAUUGAAGCAUGCUCUUUGGGUUUUCAGCGAUUCUCAGUAUUUUCUCUUUGCAUCAAAGGACUCGGGGCUUUCUAGUCUGGGUUUGAAAUCAUUGGACUAUGGUCUGGCAUUAACUUGCUAAAUCAUUUCCGACUACCCGAAUGGGCAUAACUUUCGGUUGUCAUCUCAAGAAGAUCUUUCCUACGAUGUGAAUGGUUGGCCAUAAUUUGGAACAUGAAGAGCAUAAAUUUUGGUGGAGGACUCAGUAUUUCUUCAGUAUUCUUCACCUACGGCUUGCAUUACUUACAAACUCCACGUUCAUCCAAGUUGUCGACUGUUCAUAUUGCUAUCUUGAGGAAUGCACCUCAUGCAUUGAUGGCUUUUCGUUCCAAUCCAAAAGAUCUUCAUGGGGGAACUUUGCAACUAAUGUUUGAUGGAUCACCAUCUGGAAUCAGUUCUUCAUUCUUGGAUUUAGGUUUUGUGACCGAGCAGUGUGAGCAUAAGAAUAUCACACAAAAUGAAAUUCAGUUUCAUGAAUUUGAUGGUGAGCAAUCUGAGAAAACUGAUGGUGCUUGUAAAAGUGCUCAAGAGGUUUCUGACAGGGAAAUCCGGAGAAGGCAAAAGAUUGGAGCAGCAAACAGAGGCAAGAUACCUUGGAACAAAGGAAGGAAACAUAGUGACGAGACUCGAGAGCGCAUCAAGAAAAGAACUAUAGAGGCCUUAAGUGAUCCCAAGGUCAGGAAGAAGAUGUCUGAAAGUCCUCGGUCGCAUAGUGAUCAGAGUAAGUCUAAAAUAAGUGCUUCUCUGACAAAGAUUUGGGAAGAACGUCUGAAACAGAAAAGGCUGCAAGAGAAAUGCUAUUUGUUUUGGGCCAGAACUAUUGCGGAGGCAGCAAAAAUAGGCAGUCUUGAUCAAGAGGAAUUGGAGUGGGACAGCUAUGAGAAAAUGAAGGCUGAUAUGGUAUCUGAACAAAUAAAAUUAAAAGAAGAAAAAGCAAGGGCCAAAGAAAUCGCAAAGCUAAGAGCAGAAAGUGUUGCAAAAGAUAAGGCCGAAAAAGUUGCAAAGCUUGCUGAGCAGAGGAAAUUACAGAAGGAGAAGGCUAAGGCUAGAAAGUUAGAGGCAUUGUCUCGGAAAAAAUCUGUUGAUGAGAGAAAGAAGACAGAGCUGUCUAAGGGUUUAAAACUUAAGGCAAUAUUGACUAAGUUCCACCAUCGUAAGAGACAGUUGGAGACUCUUCAAACAGAGAUAGUAGCUAAACCUGGGCCAGACUUGACAUUGGAUAUAGAACUGGUUAAGAAUGAGAGAAUGCAAAGAAGAAUCUCACUUGCUGAUCAAAUUAAAGCUGUUAAGAACAAAAAAGCAGAAUUUGCUGUACAAAGAGUUCGAGCAAAUGCAUUGUUGGAUUCUGCAUAUGAACAAAGAGCGGGAGAUCAUUGAUUUCAUGGCAUUUACUGAACACACAAAGAGCGACACAUUAUAUGGGAUGCAGUAGAUCAUGAUAUUGGUCAAAGAUCCUACUAGACGACAAAGAAGAUCUUGCUACCAGUGUACUAUUCUGCAAGGAAAUGGGAUAAAGACUCAAAAGGUCAUUUUUCGGCAGAUGAGAAGCUUGAGUUUCUAGAGAUUGUAGAAAGACUUGGGUGGCCUCCUGCUCUAUGAUUUCCUUUUGUUCGCGAAACAGCAAUGUAAUCCUUUGGAUCACAAGUUGUUCAAAUUCUUUUCAGAGGUGCAAUAUUUCUUAUUCGUAGGAAGGAGAAUGUUGGAACAAGGAGAGGCUUUACCGUGCAAGCUAGGAAGGACUGAACAGGAUUGUAGUGGAGGUCGAUGCAGAGAAUUCCAAAUCCUGAACAAAAGAUGACUCCACCGUAGCGAUGCUAAAUCUAAUUAGGGAUAUGAUGUACAUGUUGGGAUAUAUAUACCAACUGGUUUGUAGAUUUUGUUAGAACUUCAGCAAACAAAAAGGGGAAAACAAUGGCUUAGGCUAUUCAUCUCUCCUAGGUUUGGAAGAUGCAGAAGUUCUUUUGGAAAACAAAAAGAGUUACCGUCACAUCA